GCGGCAAGCUACAGUCACAGAAUCACAGGCAAUGGGAGCAUGUUCUGAUUCUCUCUCUCUCUCUCUCUCACACACACAUACACACACACAUUGAACUCAUAAGGACCUUGCCUCCACUCACAUAUGUAUAAGUAAAACCCAUCUCUGUCUCCCUUUCUCUCUGAUAACAAGGACCAAGAAGAGAAAAACAGAGCAGCAGGUGGGAGAAAGAAGAUGAUAACCUUGAAGGACUUAUACAAUGUCUUGAGUGCAGUCGUCCCUUUAUACGUGACCAUGUUCCUCGCCUAUGCAUCUGUCAAAUGGUGGAACGUCUUCACCCCACAGCAGUGCGCCGGCAUCAACAGAUUCGUAGCGGUCUUUGCCGUGCCCCUGCUGUCCUUUGAGUUCAUUUCGAGGAUCGAUCCCUACGCCAUGAAUCUGCUUUUCAUAGCAGCAGAUGUCAUAUCAAAGGCUACCAUCCUCCUGUUUCUCUUCUUAUGGGCCAAGUUCACUACCAGAGGCAGCCUAGAUUGGACAAUCACCAUGUUUUCCCUCUGCUCUCUUCCCAACACCUUGGUCAUGGGGAUACCACUCCUGAAAGCCAUGUAUGGUGAUGACAAAGAAAUGUUGAUGAUUCAGACUGUUGUGUUGCAGUGCAUUAUUUGGUACACUUUGUUGCUGUUUCUGUUUGAGUAUAGAGCAGCUAGAGAGUCUCUGGUUCAGAGAUUUAAAGGCAGCAGCGAAAGUGAAGCAAUUGGUGUGAGCAUGAAGAAGGUGGGGGAAGACGGUGGUGGACAAGAAGGUGAGGAGGUUGUCCACGUUGUUGUCAGUAAGCCAUCAAGCAAAGUCGCAGAUCAUGAAGAUGGGAAAGAAAUUCACAAAUUUAUCUGGAACUGUUCUUGCUGCAACUCUCAAGGUUAUUGUGAAAGGUCUGCGCAAGUGUGUAGCAAGGAAGCGGAGAAUACUGCAGAGAAAGCAGAAAGCCAUGAAGAAAUUGCUGACACAUCAUCUUUUUCACCACAGAUGGUGAGAUUGAUCCUGAAAAUGGUGUGGUUUAAACUUAUAAGAAACCCAAACUCAUACUCAAGCCUGCUGGGUAUAAGUUGGGCUCUGGCUUCUUAUAGGUAUGGAUUUCACAAGCCCAGGAUCAUGGAGAACUCCAUAACAAUCCUGUCAAAUGCUGGACUUGGGAUGGCCAUGUUCAGUCUUGGUUUGUUCAUGGCUCUUCAACCAAGGAUCAUAGCAUGUGGGACAAGGCUUGCCACAUAUGGAAUGUUGGCUAGGUUCCUAGCUGGGCCUGCUGUCAUGGCAGUUGCUUCCUUCAUAGUGGGGCUUAGAGGAGAUAUUCUGAGGGUUUCCAUUGUUCAAGCUGCCUUGCCACAAGGAAUAGUGCCAUUUGUGUUUGCUAGGGAAUACAACUUGCAUCCAGAUGUUCUAAGUACAGGGGUCAUAUUUGGGAUGAUUAUUUCUCUGCCCAUUACAAUUGUAUACUAUGUACUUUUAGGUUUGUGACUAGAUUAUCUGAGUUACAGGAAACCAGAUUUUAAUAAAGGGGAAAUACAUUUAUAUGCAGAUUCUACGUAGAUAAGACUAAUAUGCUUAAAGUUGCUACCUCUUUCACCACCAUCGUAGAUGCUAAAGAAAAUGAAGUUUUUCAAAAAGAAGAUGAAGCAGAAGCUGUGGGUAUCAGGCCAUGGAACUCGGGGCAAGAGCAGAAAAGGAAAUAAAGGAAAUCGUUCAUGGUGGCCUUAGAGAAAGAUUCUGAUCAUUUCUCAAAUAUCUUGAGAAAAGAUAAGAAAAGGUUUUAGUUUUUUGAGAAUUGAGUUAUUGAUAUUCCUUACUCUGAGAAAGGAAAAAAGUUUUAGUUCUAAGUUUUUAUGUUCUUUUUCUCUUAUCAUAUAUGACAUGAGCCUGGCCGUUGCUUGUAUAAUGGAUAUGUG